CUGUCCAUCACUCGCCGGUAAUCCAAGAGGGUCGUGAUGCGGCGGGCACACCAGAAAGAAUAGACAACUACGAUUAGAACAAGAAGGAAAGGGGCAUGGAUCGAUUACUACAAGACACGAAAAGGAAAUGCGUCGUGUUGUGCUUCUUGCAAGCAAGUAUUACCAUGUUAAUCUCAAAGUGCGCUUGGGCCUUGGAAAGAGGAGCGCAUUCCUUAUGCCCCCUCUCACUUAUGCCGCCCAACUUCCAGGCUUGCCACCGGACUGUCUGCCCAGUCUGCCUACAUAUUUAUCAUGCCAUCAGAGCCCUGGAGUGUCCAAGACGUGUCUCGACCCAAUGGCAGCAGCCUCUCGCAUCACGGCUGAGCGCCUGAAUUCUGCUUCACAGGCUACCCCAGCGCGUUCCAUCGCCAACUCAUCUCCACCUCACCUCCUAUCUCCUCUUGGGUCGCCUAAUUUGAAGAACCUACUCGACCUGCUCCCAUGGUCAAACGCCAUCAAAGUGUUUAGUAGAGAGUUCGGUCACGCUUUUGUUCCGUCGCUACGCCAGUUACUUGUCGCCAACUCAACCAUCACGGCAUCAUAUACCACUAUUUCAGCCCAUUCUUUCACAUACGACCACAGAAUCUUGAGAUCACGGCUUCCCGUCCGCUCAGCCCUAGUUAAGCAAGAUAUCGGCGGAUUAGUAGUCAGGUGGGUGACCACUGGCGAAUCCCCGCUGUUGUAUGUUUUUGCCUUUUUGCUUCGAUGUUGAACUUUUGAACAGGUAUUUACGUGCGUUGACAUGCUCCCGGAUACCCGAGUAUGUCCCGAUGUCUUAAUACAAGACCUGCGUAGA